CAGAAACCUUCCAAUCCUACUACUGUGGUGCUUGGAGUAAACAGCCACCGAGUCAGACUUGAGUGGCGGUAUUCUGAUGCACCUAGUCAGUAUUUGGUUCAGUUUUACAGACAGAAACCUGGUGAAACAAUGGAACAAAUAUCAUCAAGCAGGGAUGGGAAUGCGUUCGACCCGAGCAACACAAAUGAAUUCGAUGCCUCGCUGGACGCAACACUGACACUGAAGAACGUGAAGAGAAAUGAGGAAUACACUUACUCUAUCUAUUUGCUGGAUUCUAGGGCCAGAGUGGUAGAGACACACGCAGUUUCUAUUAAUGUCGUCGGUAAGUGAAGCUGUUUCAUAAGUUGCUUUGAUACACUUUGUCUUAUAUCAGCAUCCAUCUCUCAGUUUGCGUGAAAUACGAGGUUUUUCAUUUGAAACUCCAGGGUUUAAAUUUUCGGUAGAGAAAUGUCAUAAUGCACACAGAAACUUAAAUUAUCACUACACCGUCUUUCGAUUAAGCACAGCUAGUGUCUCGAGUUUCUUGUUGCAUUUUAGCGGCGAUCAAUAGAGCCAUCCUUUUAUGUAGUACAAGCAAUGCUGGAAUGCUUACGAAUUGGUCGUUAUGUUACAUUUUAGUUUUCGGCUGCUUUAACUUGUUUCUUUGAUAAAUAUUAAUAAUUCAGCUUUCGCUUGGGUUAUAUGUAAAUGUGUUCUGUGUUAUCAAUAUUACUCAGGCGUGCAAAAAAUGUUCGUAGUGCAGCAAUUCACGUAGAGAAAGACUUCUUGAUAACCUUCAGCGUUGUCCCUUCUUUUAACUCCAAGGCGCCAACGACUUUCUUUUCCUUUAUAACACUCACGAUGUUCUCGUUUUCCCAUAGAACCACAAUAAAACCCAUAUUUAGAAAUGUUAUAUUAAGCAAAACAGUUGAGAAAAGAAAUAACUUAACACACGAGCGAUCAACCGAUGAAAAGCACAUUCAAAGAUGAGCGCCAAUGGAAUCUUAUCUGUUUCCGAUCACGGGCAUGAUCACAUAGAUCUUUUAGAACUUGUCAUUGGCUAGCAAAGUGAAUCCGCUGGCUUGCCGAUUGCAGUGUCAAGAGAAGCGGACAACUUUAUUCUGACUUCUACGACUGGUUCUAGGCUUUUGGACGAUGGAUACUUUGGACCCAUGUUCUGACGGUGAUAUAAAUAAUGAUGUGAGCUCACUCUAUGUAGAAAUAAUCGACAAGAAUCGAUCGUGCUACAAAUGCACGAUUUGUGGCCGAAAGUUGUCGAGGAAACAAAGACUCGAAACCGACUUGAGUUGUGUUUAUGGCAAAGGUGCGAAAUAACACAAGCCAAUCACGAUUUUGAAAGCGAUUACAAAUCGUCUUUUACCCUCAUUUUUAUUAAAGAGGAUACCGCAUUAGGAAGUAUAAGAGAUACAUAGAUAAUCGCAGUGUACCAGUACCUAAAUCAACAAAGCUUGACCGUAACAAGCGUUCAACAACUCGUUCCAACACCGCCAUCUCGAUUCCUCAGUUAGUCGUUUCCACUGAACCUAAAGCAGUGGUGACAACAGAGUAGAGUGCGUUUCACAAAGGAGAAACAUUUGUACAAGAGACAGAAGUAACUAUAUGUCAUUACAGAGGUGCGCUGGAACUCUGGUCCACAAAUGGUUAUGCACUGUCCGAAGUAUAAAACAAUUUUGUUGAUAGCUGACAGACAGAGAAGAACAACAAGGAAACUUUAGAGCUGUUAUUAUUGAAGUGUGAUUUGCACUUUUCAUUUGUAUAUAAAGGAGGAAUUGUAUUUUGCACCAAAAAUAAAAAGAAGUAAUAUUUUUUGGGGGGUCCAGUGAUUGGGACAUUUAAGAAAUAAAAAAAGAGACUCGGUUUGUACUUCUCACUACUAAUAGGUCUUGUUUUAAAAUAUUUUCAGAUCAGAGUUUCAAAUAAAGUAAAUUGAAAAAGUCAUCUAAAAGGUGUUUUUUUCUCAAAGGGAACAUUGACUACCUCUGUCUUGUCUGCAUGCCAAAUGUUUGCAAAGUGUAUGGAUGAUCCACAAGUAUUGGAACUCUUACAAAAAUGUUUUGUAAGAAUUAAAACAGCAAAACAGAUUACAGCAAUUAGUCACGAAAAGAGAGCAAAAAACUGAAAAAAAAACAGCAACAACAAUCUUGAAAAAAGAAAGAUUAAUUAGGUGUUGAAUUUGUUUGUCUAAGGCAUGAAAUUUCUACUCAAAAUAACGUCAAUGAAAAGUCUCUGACAGUGUUUGAGGCAACUGAGCUUGACUGUUCAAAGGUUUUCUAACAAAGGCAACUAGUAAUGUAGGUUAGGGAAGUAACUUAUGUUUAUAACUAACAAAGUUCUUAAAGUGUAGAUAACAAUGUAAUUAUUGUUACACAUGUGGAAGUUGUGUACCAAGACACAGCUAAUGGAUGUUUGAUGAUUUUGGCACAUCUGUGAACAUGAGACAUUUUGCAUCACUUUUAUGAUCAUGGAAACUAAAAGUCCUUUGAGGUUAGAAAGUAUGCAAAUCUGUGAUAUGAGUACAUUGGAUUUAUUGGCAAUUUGCAUUUAACAUAAUUGACUGCUGCUUCAUGAGAAAAUCCAUAUUAAUGUAGAGAUUUGCUAAAACUUAGUUUGAACAAUAAUUUUCAUGAUCUUUAAGUUAUAAACAUAUACAUGUAUGUGUAUCUUUUGGUAAAUUUUGUAUAGCAUACCUUUUAUUGAGCCAAAGUUUUAAGCCUCUAAAAUUACUCCUUUUCUUAAAACCUUCACAAUCAAGGUAUUGAGAAUUUCUUAGAAUUUAUGUGGACCUCAGGGUAUUUAAAUUGUCUCAAAUUCAAUCCCCAGAAAUUCCCAAGAAUUCCACCCUUCUUAAAUUAUAGGUAGUUUGUAUAGCUGAGAAUUCCUAGGAAUUCCAAUUCUUCACAAAACUGGAGUCUUCCUUCCCCAGAAAUUCCCAGUAAUUCCAAGCUUUUCAAAUCAGAGCUUACUUGCAUAGUUGGGAAUUUUUCAGAAUUCCUAGGAAUUCCUGGGAAUUCCCAGAAAACUGGGAAUUCAGUUUGCAAGGGUUAUUUGUAUAAGUGGGAAUUUUUGAGAAUUCCCAGGAAUUCUUAGGAAUUCCUAGGAAUUCCCAGAAAAAUGGGAAUUCAGUUCGCAAGGGAACCUUUGAAGGUAAUUACGCCUGAAAUGGUCCACUGUUGAUAACUGUUAACCCGAGUUUGAUAUGAUUGAUAUCAUUGCAAUAUUGAACUUGGCUCAUUUAACACAAGAUAGUGGUAAAAAUGUGCAUAAAGUGAUGUCGUCAGUAACACUUCCGACAUGUGAGAACAGAAAUAUUUUCCAGAGGCUGACUUUUUUUAAUAUAAACAUAGUUCUAUGAUAGGUUGCCACUGUGAUUAUACGUUUGUCAAAGCAAACUUUUCCUUUUUUUCCUUCUUUUACAUUACCACUAAGAAACUUUGAACUUGCUGGAAUCAUUUGAGAGCUGUUGAUUUGGUGACCUUUGAUUGAAUCAAACAGUCAAAUUACUAUCUGUUUGAAAGCCUCUGAUUUAGCCCUCACUUCCAUAAUUUUUAUGAUAUUCCUUCCCCAGAGUUUUUAUCUAGAAUGAGUUUACCUUAACAACUGUUUUGCUUUGCAAAAUCAAUAGCAAGAGAACAAAAAUCAAUCGCAAACUGAAUUCAGAAUGGUGGUUAUAGAGCUUCUGAACUUUUAUUCUUUCAUGACAAGGACAUGGCAGGAAAAUCAAUUGGUAUAGGGUGGAGAGGGUGGAAGUCAAUAUUAUAGGAUCACCCCCAGUCUUCAGGUUACCCAGGAGAGUUAACUGAUACCAAUACACUCUUUUUGGUAAAGAGAAACACUGCAAGUUAGAGUAAAGUGUCUCACUCAAGUAACUGAUAUAGUGAUUCAUUAGGGCUAUCUUACUUGUCAUAAUCUUUGCUUCGCUGUUAUUUCACAAUAUUAUGUUAAUAUUUAUAAUUCCUUUGAGGAGCAAUUGUAAUUGUAAUUAAAAUAUUGUAUUAUGUAAUAACUGUGAUGAUAUCGCAAAAUCUAGAUACAAUAUAUUUAUCUUAAAUUGUUAUUUCACAGUUCCUCCAGAAAUUACUGACCCACCAGAGCUAAAGCCUUUACUUGUCAUCAGAGAAAACCAUACUUUGACCUGCAAUGCAUCUGGUGACCCUCUUCCCAAUAUUUCUUGGACAAAAGAUGGCAUUCCUGUGGAUAGGUUUUAUGUGACAGGUAAUCAGCUUUAUUUGUUCGACGUGAAGUUGGAGGAUGUCGGAUCGUACAAAUGUACAGCUAGUAAUGGAUAUGGAGAUAAUGCCACCAGUGUCAGUAUUGUUGGCAUAAGAUGUAAGUAGUCUGUCCUGUUUAUCUGAUUACAGCAAUGCAUUUGUAAAUUGUUUAUGGUUUGAUUUUAGACAGACACAAUGGUGUUAUGAUUCAUGUUUAACUGCAAAAUGACACAAUGGCACCGAAUUAGCAGAAUAUAGAGAAAAAGUAGUUACUUUCUCUCCUGUUGAGAUGUCAAUACAGUAUUUUUGUUAGAUUGUCUUAGUGCCAAGCAUAAAGGUGUCUGUCUCUGUGAAACAGUUUUGUUCUUUUCAGUAUUUAUGCACUUACUUUAACAGAGACCAAAGCUAGCUUUGUUAUGUGGGUGUGAAUUAUCGGUUGAUAAGCUUUCUUUUAAUGACUCAUUGCAUGGAACAAUUUGAUGGCCAAAGGAGGUAGUAGGGUUCGAAAAAUGGUCUCUUCAGAAUAUUCUUCAACUCAUAAAAAAGUCACCAGUUGAAGGUAUAAGAUGGUUAUAAAGCGAAAAAAACAAAUAAUUAAAUGAAUAAAAGUGGCAACUGGUAUUGAAAGUCUUGUUGCCAACAGUCCAUUUUCAGUGGCUUUGGCAACCAGCCGGUCACAAUUUGAGAUGCUACUUUCUUUUUGAUUUGUAAUAUAAUGAUAAACUGAUUUGCAUGUUGUAGGUUACUGAGAGAGGCAAGUUUGCUAGGCAAAAUAUUUUUCCUUACUCCUGCCUUUGCAUGAAGCCAAUGUUAAUUAAGUUGCAGUUUAACCCCAUCUCAAAGGGCGAACUGAAUAUCCAAUUGUUUUCUAUAUAUGACUAACCUUGAGGUCAAAGUGUGAAGUUCAAUGAAAAACAACAAUUUCACUUGUUUCCAAAACAUGCAAUAGUUUUUUUUUGGCAUGAAGAUAUUUUAUUGCCAGGGUGACCAUGCAAUAUGUUCAAUAUCGGCAAUGGUCAAUAAUGUUUGACUAAUAAUAUUGUUUAUUAAAUAAUUCAAAUAGUACGCGCGCUCUGAUUGGCCAUAAAACCAUUUUACAUGAGCGUAUGUAAACAUGGUUUUAUUUCCUCUUUCAUUAGUCAUUUUAUAAAAGAAAUGUAAAAUUGUUUCCGUGUUUACAUAGCCCGAUGUAAACACGCGGGAGGUUGGGAGAACACGAGAUAAGCGUAGGAAACCACGACGCGAAGCGGAGUGGUUUCCAGCUUAUCGAGUAUUAUCUUAUCUACGUAAACAAGGAAACCAUUUUACAUUUCUUCAUUAAUGCAUGCUAAUUUUUGUUCAUCACACUUUAGGCAAUGAUUGUUUAAUUAGGAGCAUUGGAAUAACAUUACUGAGUGAAGUUUGGACUUCAGCCUUAAAUAACAGAGAGUCAAUUGAGUUCAAAACAUUGGAGUCAAAGUUUUUAUCAGAAGUAAGUAUCCUAGUGUGGCAUUUAUUAAGGACGUUUGGUGACCAUAUCAGGAGGAGAAACCCCCUUAUAUCUAUCUGUUCACAAUAGAGUGGUGAUUAGCAAAUUAUUGAUGUUCUUCCAGCACUGGCUGACUUAUUAGCAUCCUUUUUAUCCAUUUAAGAUGUCUGCAAUAAUCUUUGUAGAUUCUUUUCAUAGUUCUGCUCUUCAUUCAGCAUUCAGUAAAGAGUUUUUCCUUGACUAUGAGUUACAAGGAUGUUUGAGUUAUAAGUAAAGCAGACUUUUGAAUUGUAAUAAAUUAGCCAACAAACCUGUGGGAACUAGUAAACUUGAUGCUCUUCUUUUAAGGCAAAGGCAGCUAACUUAAAAUUAAAUUUAGACACUUGGAUUUCAAUUUUUGGUUUCUUACAUUUGAUAGUUAAGUAAAAUGUGAGAAGAGAUACUGUUUUUAACUGCCACAAUAGGAAACCUGGACACUUUCAUUACUUCAAAAGCAGGGUCACGUGGAAUGAAUUGCGUGAACAUUUAAAUUGUACGUUUAAGCAUUUUUAGCAUGUAAAAUAACUGUGGUUCCUAUCUUUGUUUAAGAUUUCUUCUGUUUACACAAAAAAUCCUGGAAAACAACUGUACACAGUGGGACUUGUUGAUUUCAGGUAAGUGUCAAGAUUCAAAAGAGUGCCCAGUAUAAUGCCCAGAAGUAAUUUUUUUAGAAAAGGGAAAUGGCCCUCUGCUAUUAUUUCAGGAUUUAGUUACAGUAUAAAGGUGAUCGACAUAUGUUCUGAAACAUUUUUAGGUUAUAUCCGUCAUGUUUAGUUUUUGAAAAAAUUAAUUUUCAGUAGAAUGACGUUAAUGGCCAAGAUGAAUAAGUAAUAACCAUUUGCUAUUAUGCAAAAAAAUUUAAAUAGUGAGUUUUUUCCUGGUUAUAGAUCUGGUAGUGUUGUUGCUGAAGUAGAGCUCAAGUUUGAAAAAUCCGUUCUUGAUCCUUUGAAACCACUCGAAGAUGAAAUCAAAGAUGGAAAGCUUGGGUCAUUCACAGUGAGCCGUGAACUUGAUUUGAAUCCAAGUAAGGCCUGUGCUACCUCACAACUAGAUUCGAUU